AUAGAAGUAGCCGUUACUAUACCUCAUACUAUCUCUGGAACAUUGAAUUUCAGAGCGUUUUUUUCUCUUUCCAAAAGUAAAUCUCAAUAGAUUCCGUAGUUUGAUUUUGGAACUCCAUACUACGUCGUUCACUAUUUCCACCGCCGAGUUCAUCAUUUCCGGUCACCGUGCAUUCUUUCUUCACUUGCAGAAAUUAAACGGAGUACGAUGACGGGAACACCGGCGGCGGUGGCAACGCCGCUGUCUAAGAUGCAGAGAAAUCUGUCAGGCACGCCUGGUGGGUCCAAAGUUCGGGAGGAGAAAAUCCGAGUCACGGUUCGGAUGAGGCCACUGAAUAGAAAGGAACAAGCCAUGUAUGAUCUUAUUGCUUGGGACUGUUUGGAUGAGCAUACUCUUGUGUUCAAGAAUCCAAACCAAGAGAGGCCUGCAACACCAUACACCUUCGAUAAAGUUUUUGCACCUGCGUGCUCAACUCAGAAAGUUUAUGAAGAAGGGGCUAAAGAUGUUGCUUUAUCAGCACUUUCUGGAAUCAAUGCAACCAUUUUUGCCUACGGGCAGACUAGCAGCGGUAAGACAUUCACGAUGAGAGGCGUCACUGAAAGUGCUAUUAAGGACAUCUACGAGUACAUUAAGAAUACACCAGAAAGGCAUUUUAUCUUGAGAAUCUCUGCCUUGGAAAUCUAUAAUGAGACUGUCAUAGACCUUCUAAAACGUGAAUCUGGUCCUCUUCGGCUCUUGGAUGAUCCUGAGAAAGGGACUAUUGUGGAAAAGCUGAAUGAAGAAGUAGCUAAGGAUGGUCAACAUCUAAGGCAUUUAAUUGGCAUCUGUGAAGCGCAAAGGCAAGUUGGGGAAACUACUUUAAAUGAUAAAAGCUCAAGAUCACAUCAAAUAAUCAGGCUGACUGUAGAGAGCAGCCUUCGCGAAAGCUCAGGUCACGUAAAGUCUUACAUAGCCAGUUUGAAUUUUGUGGAUCUUGCUGGAAGUGAACGCAUCUCUCAAACAAAUACAUGUGGAGCAAGAAUGAAGGAAGGGAGCCAUAUCAACAGAAGUUUGUUGACACUUGCAUCAGUCAUCAGGAAGCUCAGUGGUGGAAAACGUGGUCACAUACCGUAUCGAGACUCAAAAUUGACACGAAUUUUGCAGUCUUCAUUAGGAGGGAAUGCUCGAACAGCGAUUAUAUGUACCAUAAGUCCUUCCUUAAGUCACGUGGAGCAAACAAGAAAUACACUAGCAUUUGCUAACAGUGCAAAGGAAGUCAUUAAUACUGCCCGAGUGAAUAUGGUUGUUUCAGAUAAGACACUAGUUAGACAAUUGCAAAAAGAAAUUGCCAGGCUUGAAGGGGAGUUACGAAGUCCUGACCUUUCUUCAAAUUCAUGUCUAAGGUCAUUGCUAGUUGAAAAGGAAUUGAAAAUUCAGCAGAUGGAGAGGGAUAUGGAAAACCUGAGGCGACAGAGAGACCUUGUACAAUCUCAACUUGAACUGGAAAGAAGAGCGAAUAAAGUUCCGAAGGGAUCAAACGAUUGUGGACCCUCUAGUCAAGUUGUCAGAUGUCUUUCUUUUCCCGAAGAGAAAGAUUCUGCCAAUAGUAAAUGUACUACAGAAAGAAGAGAGGCAGUAGGCAGGCAGGCGAUGCUGAAGAGUUUAUUGGCUUCUCCUGAUCCAUCCAUACUGGUCGGUGAGAUUCGAAAGCUUGAGAAUCGACAGCUGCAGCUCUGUGAGGAUGCAAAUCGAGCCCUUGAAGUUCUGCACAAGGACUUUGCAACUCACAAACUUGGGGAUAAAGAAACUGCUGAAACCAUGUCGAAAGUAUUAUCUGAAAUAAAAGACUUGGUAGCUGCCAGCUCUACUCCAGAAGAAAUUGUGGCUGCAGAUAAAGCCGACCUAAUGGAAAAGAUCACUCAGUUGAAAAAUCAAGGGAACACUAUUGCAUCUUUGGAAAGGAAACUGGAGAAUGUUCAAAAAUCUAUAGACAAGCUUGUUUCUGCUUUUAGUUCAGAGGAGACUCCAGAGAACAAGACCCCUCUGCGAAGGAAGAAAAUUCUUCCUUUCUCCUUAAGCAACAGUCCCAACAUGCAACAUAUAAUACGUGCUCCUUGCUCGCCUCUUUCCUCUUCGCGUAAAACUAUUGAACAUGAAAUUGAGAACAGGGCACCGGAAAGCAACAUUGGCGUCACUGGCAGUGAUACUUUUGCUAAGUUAAAUAAAGAUACUCCGCGAAAGCAUGACGAAAGUUGUGAUUCUAUUUUAUCACGGGAAGGAAGCCCAGCCUCCCGACAAUCAAAAUCAGUCAACGUAAAGAAGAUUCAAAAAAUGUUCAAGAAUGCUGCGGAGGAGAACAUUCGGAGCUUCCGAGUAUACGUUACCGAGUUAAAAGAGCUAGUAGCAAAACUGCAUUACCAGAAGCAACUUCUGGUUUGCCAGGUUUUGGAGCUCGAAGCAAACAAAUCACUGAAUGAAGGAUGUGGUACUCCCGAUCGAUCUUCUCCGUUACCAUGGGAUAUACUGUUUGAACAGCAGAGAAAGCAAAUUAUCAUGUUAUGGCAUUUAUGCCACAUUUCUCUAGUGCACCGGACACAGUUUUAUCUUUUGUUAGGCGGGGAUCCUUCUGAUCAGAUAUAUAUGGAAGUUGAACUAAGAAGAUUGACCUGGUUGGAACAGCAUCUAGCAGAGCUUGGAAAUGCUAGUCCUGCACUUCUAGGUGAUGAGCCUGCAAGCUCGGUUUCUGCAAGCAUCAGAGCUCUGAGGCAGGAAAGGGAAUAUCUGGCCAAGAAGGUGAACAAACUUACAGCAGAAGAGAGAGAAGUACUUUAUGCAAAAUGGGAAGUUCCUCCUGUUGGAAAACAAAGGAGGCUGCAACUUGUGAAUAAAUUGUGGACUGACCCUUAUAACAUGCAACAUGUUCAGGAAAGCGCUGAAAUUGUAGCAAAGCUCAUUGAUUUCAGUGUAUCUGAUGAAAACAGCCGGGAGAUGAUUGAACUAAACUUUUCUAGCCCUUUUAAUAAGAAAUCAUGGGCGGGCUGGAACUUUAUAUCAAAUCUUCUAAAUUUUUAAACACUAAUUGUUGUAGCUGUACUUCAUCUAUAGUUUAACUGGAAUAGAUAAAUUUAAUUAUUACUUUUACAUAA